UGAGAAGUAAGCAGAAAAGUAAGAUAGUGAGAAGCGACCAAUAUCACGCCAAUCUCAUCAUCACCAUCUUCUGGUCGAUAAGAAUCGCAAAGUGUCCUCCAAAUGUAGUUUGUGUGUGUUUCGGGGGUUGUUUCGUAUAAAAUGAAUGGGGGUUGUUUUUUUUACACUGGUGGGUGGUGGUCAGAUGGGGUGCGAUUCGAUUGUGUGUGAGCAGAGUGAGAGCAUCACGGUGAGCAACGUGAGUGUGAGAUAGCGAGCUUUUGCAGUUUCCAGAGAGUGAACCGCGCGCGCGUAUGUGUGUGUGUGUGCGUAAUUUUUGAAGGAAAAUCAUUUCAAUCGCCUCUACACGCGGAAAUCUUCCUCGUUUGGGGUAGUAUAAGGCCAAAAAAUAAAGGGGUGCCGUGAGAGUGAAGCAGUGUACGUGAGUGUGAGUGAAGAAAAGCGUGAGCCAAAUGAGUCAAUGUGAGGUCGUAAUGUGAAACAAUUGCCUGCCCGAUCGGGUUUUUGCACCCUCGGCAGAAAAGGGGACAUUGUGUUUGUGAACGUGUGUGUGUGUGCGUGCCCAUCCUCUGCUGUUCUGAUUGCCACCCCGGUAUAGGUGCCAGCGUGCGUGUGUAUGUGCUUUUGCGUGUUUUCGUGUGUUUGUGCGUGGGCGUAUGUGCAAUAAAAAAGGCAAGUGAAGUGAAGUUAUUAAGUAAACAGUACACAGCAGUGCACUCAGGCAAAGGUAACGGCCAGAAAUCAAUAGCAACCGGUAGCUGUCAAAAGAAGCGAAUGACACAUCCUACUGCUACUACCACUAUUGUACCACUGUGCGUGUUUUAUUCCUGGAUGAAGCAGCAGUUAGUGAUCGUUGUUGGCAACCACUAGCAAAGCGAAGCGACGUAGCAAGCGGGUUUCUUCGUGCGUGUGUGUGUAACGUUACAACACACCACUUUACUACACCUUGACGACGGGUCGUCGGGAAGCAAGCAGCGUUAUCCCGAUCCCCUGAUAGAGUAACGCACUUCAUAGUAACGCAGCAGGCUCCCAGCAGAGCAAGUGUGUCUCCCCGUGUGUUUGUGCUGUUUUUUAGUGAUUGUUUUACUAAUUUGUGAGUUUAAAAGUGUGUAUAUAUAGUUUAGGAAGAGUAGAGGAAAAGUUGAAAAGUUGAAAAAAGGAAUUGUUCUUCGAAUCAACGCCUUUAUCCCCAAAAGAAAAUCCCAAUCAAUAGAAGCAGCACAGAGCAGCAAGUUGAAAGUUGAUUGUGUUGUGUGUGUUUUAUUUGAGAAUUUUCGUUUCACUUGUGUCGUCUGUGUGCGCCCGUUUCCCUCCGAUUGAGAUACCUCACAAACAACAGCCGCUAAACAGACACGACGUAACUGUAGUAACGCCUAGCAGCAUUCAUCGCAACCGAACAGGAAAGACCUCUCCGAACAAAGUCAGCGUGUCCUGAAACGAAUUGAAACCAGAAAAAAGAGUAUCAGGCGGGUCGAACGCUAAAGCCGCACGCGGAGUCUGUCAGUAGCCACCCUCAGCUUGACCCUUGCCGCAUCAUACUACACCGGGGACAGGAAGCCAAAUAUCUGGUCUGGGAAGGAAACGAAAGGCACGGUCACAUCAUAGAGCAAUUGAAAGAGUCACGCGAACAUGAGCGGCGAAUGAGCGGACGAGGAACGGUGCGUGCGUCGGUGAUAGCAGCAGUGACAAAUUGACAGGGCGGACGGACCCCAUUGCCAGGACAUCUGUCGCGUACUAUGCACGUCAGAUAGAUACCUCGAAGAAGCGUCGUAACACGAGCAGCUUGCAGCUGUACCCGGGUAGCAUCGGAAUCUGUGAGCAGCGGUAGGAACCGGAACAGCAGCCAGAGCAAAAAAAGGAGCUGAAUACACCGAGCACAAACAGCGGCGCACCCCAGCAGACCCUCAGAGUACGGCGAAGACGGAGGGUUUUCGGGAAACAUCGCACCCCAUCUAGACGCUGGCUCGCAACGGUGAAGCGCGGGGGGCCGAGUCUCCCGAUACGUCACCGGAAGGCGGUGCCACCUGCUGGUGGGCGCCCUGGUCAGCGAUGGGUUGCUUCGGCUCAGCCGGAUCGAAACAGUCGGACUCGAACAGCUCCGAGGACACGAAGAGUCAAAAGCGGCGCAGCGAUGCGAUCACACGGCAACUGCAGAAGGACAAACAGGUGUACAGAGCCACGCACAGACUGUUACUACUCGGUGCCGGUGAGUCCGGCAAGUCCACCAUCGUGAAACAGAUGAGAAUAUUGCACGUGAACGGGUUUUCCGACAGUGAGCGGAAACAAAAGAUAGAGGACAUUAAGAAGAACAUUCGUGAUGCUAUCCUGACAAUUACCGGUGCAAUGAGCACACUGACACCGCCUAUUCAGUUAGAAAAACCGGAGAAUCAGGCACGGGUAGACUACAUUCAGGAUUAUGCGUCAGGGCCUGAUUUCAAUUAUCCGCCGGAGUUCUACGAGCACACCGAAGAGUUGUGGAAAGAUCGUGGUGUCCAGCAGACGUACGAGCGAUCGAACGAGUAUCAAUUAAUUGAUUGUGCUAAAUACUUUCUGGAUCGUGUUAGUGAAAUCAAGCAGCCUAACUAUACUCCAACCGAGCAGGAUAUCCUGAGAUGUCGUGUGCUAACCUCUGGCAUUUUCGAAACUAGGUUUCAGGUUGAUAAAGUAAAUUUCCACAUGUUCGACGUCGGAGGGCAGCGCGACGAGCGGCGUAAGUGGAUUCAAUGCUUCAACGAUGUCACAGCAAUCAUCUUCGUGACGGCGUGCUCUAGUUAUAAUAUGGUCCUGCGCGAAGAUCCCACACAGAACCGGCUACGGGAGUCGUUGGAUCUGUUUAAAAGUAUUUGGAAUAAUCGAUGGUUACGGACUAUAUCCGUUAUAUUGUUUUUAAACAAGCAAGACUUGCUGGCCGAGAAGAUAAAGGCCGGCAAGAGCAAGCUGUCCGACUACUUUGGCGAAUUCAAUCGUUACCAGACGCCAGCCGACGCUGUAUGCGAAAUGGGUGAAGAUCCAGAAGUGAUUAGAGCAAAAUAUUUUAUAAGAGACGAGUUCUUGCGUAUAUCGACAGCGAGUGGUGAUGGCAAACAUUACUGCUAUCCACACUUUACCUGCGCUGUAGAUACGGAAAACAUCAAGAGAGUUUUCAACGAUUGUCGGGACAUCAUUCAGCGGAUGCAUCUGCGGCAAUAUGAGUUGUUAUAGAUAUACUUAAUGAUUUCGAUACAACAGCAACUUGGUCGUCUCAUUUUAGUUGUGUCUAUCGUGAAACAAAUAUCAAACCUAGCCAAACUAUACUAAUUUUAUAAUAAAACAAAUAUUUGAUUAGGAAUUAAUCAAAACAAAAAAAUGGAACAUGCAUAAGCACACAAACACAUACACACACACCGUCGUCAUCAUCAUCAUCAUCACCACCCCCCACACACACACAUCGCAGAGAAAUACCUACGCCUCUCCCAGCUUCAGUACUACACGCGACAUUUCAUACGACGAUCAUCCGAUCAGGCAAAACAUAAACACGUACUCACCCCCACUGUCACGAAAGUUUGGACAUCGCAGUAGUCACCGCGUACCCUUCCCCACCUCCCCACAGGGAGAAAAAAAAAACGGUAGAAACGAAUGUGUUUAGUUUAGUGGUGCGAAGUGCAAUAAACACAGGCGCGCGGGCAGGCGAGGCGAGUGGGAUUGGUGAGCGAAAGAGCGGGUUAAAUCGGAACUCGGACAUCAUCCUGCAUCUCGUCGGACGGACCUGAUCAACUGCUCGAAUGAAAAGAGAUUGACCAGACACACACACACACACACAGACGCCCAAGCAAGCAACAAAACAGAAACAACUGCCGUCGAAAAGCGCAAAUUAGUAAAACGGGAAAAUGUAACCAAACGAUGUCUCUUUGACACCCCCUCGCCGUGGCUAGGACGUGGAAAACUGGAUGUGUGGUGUAAAGAAACCAAAAGUAAAAUGGAGGAAUGUGGCAAGGGUUUAGAGGAUCGUCAGGCGCUACUACCGUAAUAACUAGUAGCUUGUUUCCGGUAGUAGUCCGCUAGUAGUCCGAGAGAAAGAGAGCGAGAAAAACGCGCGCGCUAGAAAGAGAGAGAGAGAGCGAUAAUGGGUAGAUAAAAGAAGGAUUCUGCUAAGUAAAGUAGUGGUAAGCCUUGUUGUGCAAUAAAUUCGGUGGGUGUAGAAAUUAGGAUUAGUGGAGGAGAAAGCGAGAGCUAGUGAGAGGUUAAAAAUCACACACCCAAACACACAGCCACACCGUACAUGCGGGUACACCGGGGUAAAAAAAUGUGUGUGUGUCCACCCCUGGACACCGUAGAAGCGCUUUUACUGAAGCAACUAACGCUCAUUCAGCAACCAAAUCAUCCGCGAUGGCCGCCGCACACAGCUUCCAGGUUCGUCGCUUUUUUUCCGGUAGAGGGCGCGAUAGUGUUGUAAAAUGGUGUUGUGAUGUGUGAUCGGAUAGCCCCUGUAGAAAGUAAUCCAAGGAACGGAUGAGAAAGCAGGGUGGAAAAAAGAGAAAGCGAGAGGCAGGUAGAGAGAGAGAGAGACGAUGUAACAGAUGAAACACACACGCGCGCGCACACACACACAUACUUUUCUGUGAGGAAACAUUAGGAGAAAUCGGAGAGAAAGAGAGAGAGAGGACGAUAUAGGAUUAGUAGUAGUAGUAGUAGUAGUAGUAGUAGUAGUAGUAGUAUCUACUAUCGCAACGUUAGUAGCUGUUGGAAUUUCAGUAUUUCGCUCUCAUCGUUUUAUUGUUUUGCUUUUGUUUGUGGUUGUUUUAACUAAGAGGAACAUUUUGUAUAAGGGAGGCGCGCGUACCACACACUCGCGUAUCGUAUUGUUUUUAGUUUGUUAUUGUUUUUAAAAGAAAGGACUCCGUUUUUGUUACAAAAAGGAAAAGGUUCGUGCAUACACACAAACACACACGCACACGUUUUACACCACGCAACGCAACCACUUUUGUAUUAAUUUUCGUAGUUCACCCCUCUCAUGCGCCAUAGUAAGACUCUACUUUCUAUUAUGUUUAUGUUUAGAGUGUUGUAGGGAAAAGGGGGGGGGGGGGAAGUGUCGUGGUCUGGAAUGCAAACGUGUUCGGUGAAACGCUUUUAGGGUUAGAAAUUGUUAUUUGUUUUAAUAUCGCUAUCUAAUACACCUGUGUAUAGGCAUUGUUUUAAAAGGUUUAUAGUUUAUCCGUUUUAACGCUCCCCCGUUUUUUCCAGACCCCCAUAUAGGGGAACAGUUGUUAGACUUGCUUAAGCUCCCGCUGACAGUCGUAUCAAGCCGCCCCGGUUUCUUUUUAGAGAAUGUUUGUUAAAAGAAAAAAAUCAAGAUAGAUUGCUUACUGUUACGUUUGUUUGUUUUUGUUUCGUUAUUUUUCCGUUAUUAGGAAGUUGUGUUUGUUAAGUUUGGAGGUAGCAGAAGGGACGUUCCGUUUAGUGCCGACAGUGGGUGGGUUUUUCCCCCAGCUUUCUUUUUGGUCAGUGAUUCCGGACAGUGUAGGUAGAAGAAACAAAAGGAACCAAUCAGACGGAUGGAGAUUAGGUUAAUCAACAGUAAAACCCCCUUACCUGCGUUUUGUAAUACACAAGUAAAACAAUUAAAAUUUAAAUUUUAAAAGCGCGAAAAAACUCACCCAAGCGGACAGCUGGCCAAGGCCAAGGCGUCGAACGAUCGGUUCAGUUAUUUAGAUCUUCCGAUUUUGUUAUCACUACUACUACUCCGCCGUGUAAGUGUAAGUGUUUUACCGUGUCGCAUAAAUGUGUUGUGAGCAUAGUAGUGUGCGUGUGUGUGUAUGUGUGUGUGACAGAGAUUAGUGAUGGCACUGGAAAGUGGGAAUGUCGCUUUAGCAAAAAUACGUAGUUAAAUGUAAUGAAAAGAGUAAAGGCAUAGUGCGUGUGGCGUGCGAUGGUUUGUGUAAGAAAGGCAGAGUAGUGAUGAAAUGCGAUGUCGAUGGAUUAGUGAAAAUGUUAUUUUGAACCAGAAUAAAAUUCACUUAGGUUACUGACAAAAGGUUUAUUUACCCCAACUGUCUAUUGUAAAGGAAAGAUGAUGAUUGAUGCCCGUGCCGGCAGCAUCAGCGGGCCGUGCCGAUACAGAUAAUCCAAUCAGUCAGUCAGUCAGCAAACGGAAAAGCUUUACGUCUUCUUCACCAUGUGGACAAAUAGAUAAUAGGCCGUUUUCUUAGAAGACGCAAACAACCUACCGACACACCUACCGGUUUGUUUUAAACCUUCGGAAAAGCUAUGUUGAAUCUCGUAUCGCGCAAUGCGGGCAGGAACGCGGUGUGUGAAAGUGUCGAACAAAGUGCAUGGGUAGUAGCAAUCCGAUCCGAACGUCCUGGUCCUGGUCCCUGGAGACGGAAUCAGUACAAUGUGUAUGGUGUGUGUGGGAUAUCUGUGUGUGUGUGUAUGUAACCCAGGUGAUUCUGUGUAGGAAGUAGAAAGCUCUACUGCAAGAUGGAGAAAAGCUCACGUCACAACCAUUCACUACAACAACAACAAAAAACAACUUCAAUGACACUCACACACACACACAACUUAACCAAUCAGAAUCAGAUGGCAAUUUUGUAUAGCUUUAUGGGUGGUGUAGACGAAACAAGGCAGAGCAGAGAAAAGAAACAAGAAAUAUUUGAACGGAAAUGAUAGUCAAAUGAAUGGUGUUUAUUAUAGGUGUUAACGUAGUGCAACAUAAAAGUAAAAACGAAGAAGCGGAAAAAAACGAAAACAGAACAAAAAACCAAAACUAAAUGUGGGGCGAUACAAAUAGAGGAAAGCGAAAGGAACGGAAGCGAACGGAAGGAUAGUUGGCAAUAAUAUCUUCCGGUUUCCGGAAAACAGACGGACGUGUGGGUGUGUGUACUGCGUAACGGGAGUAUGAAAUUUGGCUUUAUGUUACUUAUUUAAUUUUUUUUUGUGUUAUCACAAUGUGACAAAUUUUCCCUCUCAUCAUCUGACCACUUCUUAAAGCGAUACUGUUGUUUUCCCUUUUUUCACACUCUCCGUUAUUUCUUCCAACAAGAAAAAAACUCCAAAAUGCAGUACACAGACCAAUCACCACCAUCACCAUCACCAGUUGUACAUAGUAAUUCCUUUCCAAGCCAUAGCUCUUCGAUGGUGGUCACUCUGUGGACAGUCAGGUUCUGGUGUAGUGGAUAGUAUGUAAGAGUGCAACCGUUGUAUCCGGUUCAGGCACCACCUCCAAAAGCCCACCAAGACACAGACAAAAAAAGGAAAAUGUAGACAAAACUGGAUACAGAAACACACACACACACACAUGGAGAACGUGCCAGAUCGCUGUAGUGAAAAGCCUUUUCGAUUGGUUACAUUUUGUUCAGAUUUUCGUAACAAACACUUCCAACACGCUUCAAUUGAUUGGUUUUGGUUCGAAUUCAACAAGCAAACAGCAAGCAUGCUUAAAAAAACUAUUCCAGGAUAUCGUCGUUGUUCCUCCGGUUUUUAUUGGAGACGGGAAAUGAGUAUUGAGUAUUAGAAAAACUUCUCUAGGUGGUGUCCAGCUUCCACAACUUUUAUCCUUGUAUAAAUUUUUCCAAUACGGGGUACGUCUAAAGGACUUUAUUUGUCCGCUCUGAGCUUGGAAUUUUACUGAAGCAUGUCCGUUGUGGGACACCAAGUUCGAAUGGCAAGAGCACUCAGUCUAGGAUGGAAUAGGACCUAUAGGAACAAACUCAUUCUCGUCCAGGAUGUUAUUGUUUUAAUUUAGAAGAUUGAUUUUGAGGACCUGACUCUACGUGGGGGUCAGAUUUCUGUAUGCUCUACGCUUUCGGAACGGGAUUUCGGAACCCAAAACUACUCACAAAGGAUACAGUUUGACAGUUACUUCUUCGUGUGCUGUCACAAUCUUCAACUAUCAUCAAAGCAAGCCGAUCUAGUUGCUAGCCAGCUCCAAAUGAAAUGAUUGUUUGUUGUUGUGUCAUUUGCUUCUGAUCAAUGCUAACUCUGACCAUAGAAGGCCACAACCACAGAUACACAGAUAGAUAGAAAAAUAAACACGUUACCAGUUCUUUCUUUCGUUGCAGAAGGUUAUGCGCUUGCUGUUGUGUGUGAGAGAAUGUGCACCAGAGUAAUGUGUGUGCGUGCGUGCGUGUGUGAUGAAAUUACGCCAUCAAGAAAAGCCAUUUGCCGCGGACAGCACAAUCUGCUGGUGCUGGUUAGGAGAAGUGAAGUGCAGUGAGAAGAAAUGUAGUCAUGUAGACUAAAGCGAAGGAAAAUAGAUGUGUAAAACUAUUGUUAUUUAUUUUAUUUCUAUUGCUAUAUGAUGCUGGUGAGGAAGACCGGGAUGCAACCAGAGGAGACAGUCAGAAUCACAAACACACACACCACACAUAAUCACAGCAAACCUACAGAGAAGAAGCAUAGGCAAUCGCGUUGAACAAACCCAAAUCCCGGCACACCAAACACAAUGGAACACAAUCACACAUACAUAAACGCAAAGCAACAUGAGCGCGGGAAAUGUGAAGGUGUCCUGUGUCGGCGAACUCGACGCACGGGUCCGGUCCCGGCCCCGGUCUAGGUAAACACUAAUACAAAAGGAGUGAGUAGAGGUAACCCAUUUACAUUGAAAUAAAGCAGAUGAGAAGGUAGCUGAAAAUACCUGAGCAGAAGCAAAACAAAGUAAAACAAAAAACAAAUGUAUAUCGUUUACACAUACAUACAUAUACAUAUAUAUACAUCUUAUAUAUAUAGACUUAUAUAUGUAUACAUUUAGGGAGGAAAAACAAAAGCGCUGAAAAAGAUGAAAAUCGCAGAUGCAAACAGAGAUGUACUAUUUUUUUGUAUUUCGGUUUAUACUAUACUGCUGCCCUCCUCCCUCUUGUAAAGAUGUCCUCCCCUUCCCCCCCCCCCCUCUCUGCUGUUCCCCUACUUUCAUAGCACCUUUACCACCACCACCCUCAUCUUCGUACCUCACCUUCAGCUGUGUUAGUCAAUUGUCGCCGCCGACGGGGGCUGGUCGUUGACGUGAGCUCUCUCUCCUUCUCUCUCGCUCGCUCGCUCGCUAUGCGUGUGUGUGUGUAUGUAUAAUGGAAGCGCCCUCUGUGUGUGAGCUGAAACACUAUGCACCUAAUUCACUACUGUGUAAUGUAUGCUGCGUACCUUCAUUAUCCUGUUUCGCAAACCGAAACGAACAAGAAGAAAUCAUUAAUCUAGCGCUGAUGAGGAUGACCGAACCGAACUCGAUCGCUCUACCGUUCCCACACAGCCACACAGUUAGCCAGUGAAGCAACCAUAGUCCUAGCAAGCAGUCCUUUUCACCGCUACACACUCACACAUCAAACACAAACAUAAAUACACUUACAGAGACAGGAUUAGCUUCUCGUGUACAAUGGGAAAUAGGGGCGCAUAGGGGCGUAUCCGGUGUAGCAGUUUGCGUUUUGUUUGUGGGUUUAGUUCCUUCCGUAAUUAAGCAAAGAGAAAACACUCCCGCCACUAGAAGACACUCCCGCAAAGAUACAAUUGAUAGUAGGCCGGGGGACGAUUGUGAACGCCGCGAUAAGGAAAAGAGUAAAACAAAACAAAAAAAUCAAAUGUUCUCUCUCGCAGACGAGCAACAGGUGUUUGUGUUGGUUGGUGUGGUUUCUUUUUUGUUGUUGUUGUCCUAUGUUCCGUUUCGUUGUCCACACAACAAUGGCAAAUAGAUGAUAAAACUUCGUAUUAGAAGGUAGACUAACAGAAAAAAACAAAAGGAAAAAAAGGUGGCAACGGGUGACAGUAGUAGUGUGCUGCUUGCUGCUGCUGCUGCUGCUACUACUACUACUAUAACUACUACCACUACUACUAGCGGGCAUAAAACGAGAGUGUUCAUCGGCAAGAAAACAAAGAGCCAGAAAAAAGAAACAAACAAAAAACAGAUUGAUAUAUAUAUAUAGUGGCAUAAUAAGUAUCUGCAAAACAAAUAAAAUGACAUUAUAACAUUGAAAAAGGGGGGAAAAACCCACACACACACACACACACACAAACAAAUCAUGCGAAGCGCAAACAGCUGCAGCAGUAGUAGUAAUAAAAUCACUUGUGGAAGCUAAGGUGUGGAGUGCGCCGGGUGAAUCAACUCUUUUAUAUAGCCUGUAUAGAGAAAGAGCGAAAGAGAGAAAGAGAGAAAGAGAGAACAAACAACCGAAAAACACCCGUCGAGCUGCGAAAUGCUGCGAAUGUGUGUGCGUGUGUAAAAGUGAACUGAAUAUAAAUUAUGAAAAAGAAAAACUGCAGCCCUGAAAAAUAAACAAACAAAGCAAAACACUUAAGCUGCACCACCUGAAGCACCUGAGCAGUCAGUGGGCAGUGUACCGCCAUCGGUCGGUCGGUGGUGUGUCGUGUCGUGUGAACAGGAACAUGCGCCCAGUAAAAAAGAAACACACGCAAAUAAAAAACAACAACAAAUAGUCAUUGUAGAUUGUAGAUGAAGAACAGCAAAGAGCAAGAGCUAACACGAACACGAAAAGGUCGCACAAACAACAACAAAAAAAAACGUAAAAACAACCCGUAUAAAUAAUUACUAAAAAUGAGCAAAAAAAAAACGGUGAAACAAGCAGGAAGGGGCGAACCAGAACAGCCAGUGAGGUAAAAUGAAAUCACAUACACAAACACAUCCAAACAACAACAUGUAAGCAAAAGCACGUGCAAAUUAAAUAACACGAAAUAACAAAACUGCAUGCAUGCGUAUGCAACACUGAGCAGAACACAGCAAGGAAAGAAGCAGAGGAAAAACAAAUAAGUUGUGUGGAAUGUGAGAGAGAAAGAGAGAGAGCGAGAGAGAGAGGGGGGAGAAAAAAGUAAAAAGUAAACAAAAAAAGAGCACACACACACAAAAAUGAUACCAACCAAAACUACCAAGAAAAAAGAAAUCUUGAUAUAAGAAGAUAGAAUGGCUGGUGUAAGAGAUAAUCCGAGUGCGCGUGUGUGUGUAUAUGUGGCGGAGAAGAAUACAGUAGUAGAAAAAAGAAGAAGAAACAAAAACACACACGUACAGAGUAUGGAGAAUGGGAAUGUAUCGAGAAAAACUUUGAGGAAAUUAAAACCAAGAAAAACCCUAUCGGAAUAUGUGAAAAAUAAAGCAGAUAAAAAGUUUACCUAA